AAAGGGCUCAGACGCGCGGCCGCCAGCGCUGCCCCCUACGCUCAGCUCGGCUCGGCUCGGCCCGGCCUGGGGCGCCUCGGGAGACCGGCAAGCAGCAGCAGCUGGAGGAGAAAGAAGAGGAGGCAGCGCAGCGAGACUCGGGCUCCUGCCCGCAGGGGAGAGGCCGGGGCCGGCCUGCGCGCCCCGGCUGCCCGGGGCCGGCCUGCCCGCGGCCCCCUGUUCUAUGACUGCAAAGAUGGAGCCUACCUUCUACGAGGAUGCCCUGAACGCCGCCUUUGCGCCGCCCGAGAGCGGUGGCUACGGAUACAACAACCCCAAAGCGCUGAAGCAGAGCAUGACCCUGAACCUGGCCGACCCCGCCAGCGCCCUGAAGCCUCACCUGAGGAACAAGAGCACCGACCUGCUCACCUCGCCGGACGUGGGGCUGCUCAAGCUGGCCUCGCCGGAGCUGGAGCGCCUCAUCAUCCAGUCCAGCAACGGGCUCAUCACCACCACACCGACCCCCACCCAGUUCCUCUGUCCCAAAAAUGUGACGGAUGAGCAGGAGGGCUUUGCCGAAGGCUUCGUGCGGGCGCUGGCUGAGCUGCACAACCAGAACACGGUGCCCAGCGUCACCUCGGCUGCCCAACCUGUUGGUGCCGGCAUGGCACCUGUCUCCUCCAUGGCCGGCAACAGUGGGUUCAAUGCCAGUUUGCACAGUGAGCCGCCGGUGUACGCCAAUCUCAGCAACUUCAACCCCAACGCCCUCAACUCGGCCCCUGGCUACACGCCGGGCAGCAUGGGCUACCCACCGCCACCACCGCAGCAUCACAUGAACCCCCAGAUGCCAGUGCAGCAUCCCAGGCUCCAGGCGUUGAAAGAAGAGCCUCAGACUGUCCCUGAAAUGCCCGGGGAGACUCCUCCGCUGUCCCCCAUUGACAUGGAGUCUCAGGAGAGGAUCAAGGCUGAAAGGAAGCGCAUGAGAAAUCGAAUCGCCGCCUCCAAGUGCCGGAAAAGGAAGCUGGAAAGGAUUGCCAGAUUGGAAGAAAAAGUGAAAACUUUGAAAGCCCAGAACUCAGAACUGGCAUCCACUGCCAACAUGCUCAGAGAACAGGUUGCACAGCUUAAGCAGAAGGUCAUGAACCAUGUCAACAGUGGGUGCCAGCUCAUGCUAACACAACAGUUGCAAACAUUUUGAAGAGAUUGACUCAAGUCAGAACUAAUGAGGUUGUGGUAGAGCAAACAAACCCCCCAGAAGUGGCAGACA